CACAUCCCAGAAGUUGUCCAGUCUGUGGUACCCCGAGCGGCUGGUGGAUCCGCGUGGAGCCAUUGUCAGGAGCAAGGACGCGCCGGGAGACUGUCGCGCACACCGGACCGGAGCGAACCGAACCUAACCGAACCCCAGCAGCGGACGCAGGCGACCCGCCGCACACACACACACACACACACGACCUUGAGUCCUGAUCCCAGUGCGCCUGGUCCAGCUGUCCUCCAUUUAAUUUCUCCUCCUCAUUUUUCCACCUUCUUCUGCUUCUUCGUGAGCAGACAUGCCUCCAGCGCUGGGUGGGCCUGUGGGGUACACCCCUCCUGAGGGUGGCUGGGGCUGGGCGGUGGUGUUGGGAGCCUUCAUCUCCAUUGGCUUCUCCUACGCCUUCCCCAAAUCCAUCACCGUGUUCUUCAAAGACAUCGAGGUCAUCUUCGAUGCCACACCCAGUCAGGUGUCCUGGAUCUCCUCCAUCAUGCUGGCUGUCAUGUAUGCUGGAGGUCCAAUCAGCAGCAUCCUCGUGAACAAGUUUGGCAGUCGACCAAUCAUCAUAGUCGGUGGCUGUCUGGCAGGGUCCGGACUGCUCGCUGCCUCCUUCUGCAACACUGUGGAGCAGCUCUACUUCUUCAUAGGAGUAGUGGGAGGUUUGGGACUGGCCUUCAACUUGAAUCCGGCGCUCACCAUGAUCGGUAAAUACUUCUACAAGCGUCGACCCAUCGCCAAUGGCAUCGCUAUGGCGGGCAGCCCUGUGUUUCUGUCCACACUGGCUCCUCUCAACUCCUGGCUGUACGACCAGUUUGGGUGGCGAGGCAGCUUCCUCAUCCUGGGAGGGCUGCUGCUAAACUGCUGCGUGGCCGGCUCCCUCAUGCGGCCCAUCGGACCCAAACCGCAGCCGCCCAAGCCUGACUCAGAGGUCGGCGAUUCAGCGCCUAAGAAGACGGUCCUGCAGACCAUCAACUCCUUCAUCGACCUGACGCUGUUCAAACACCGCGGGUUCCUGCUGUACCUGAGUGGCAACGUCAUCAUGUUCUUCGGCCUCUUUGCUCCGCUCGUCUUCCUCUCCAAUUAUGCUAAGAGUAAGGACAUCAGCAAAGAAAAAGCUGCCUUCCUUCUUUCGAUUCUGGCGUUUGUUGAUAUGUUUGCCCGACCUUCCAUGGGCAUGCUGGCCAACACCAAGUGGGUCAGGCCAAGGGUACAGUACUUCUUCGCAGCUGCCGUCCUUUACAACGGAGUCUGUCACGUUCUGGCGCCACUGUCGGUCGACUACACUGGAUUUGUGGUCUACGCCAUCUUCUUUGGUUUCGCUUUUGGCUGGCUGAGUGCGGUGCUGUUCGAGACGCUGAUGGACCUGGUGGGAGCUACGAGGUUCUCCUCGGCCGUGGGUUUGGUCACCAUAGUGGAGUGUGGGCCAGUGCUGCUGGGCCCACCGCUGACGGGAAGCUUCUAUAACUACUACCAACACUACGACUACACCUACAUCUCCUCCGGCAUCAUCCUCAUGGUCGCGAGCGUCAUCCUCUUUGUGGGAAUGAGCAUCAACUACCGCCUGCUGGAGCGGGAGAGGAAAGAGGAGGAGAGGAAAGAGAGGGAGGAGCCCAAAGAGGAGCGCGCAGCCAUGUUGGCGCCCCCGUCGCCGUCAAAAUCAAACGAGGACGUGGAGGAGAACAACACGCCGGCCGCCGUCACUAUGGAUGAAGUCGUCAGGAUGGACGAGGACACGGUGUAGAAAAUUUAAGGGACACACGCAUACACACACACACACACACACACACACACAUAUAUACACACACCGCAUCAACACACACAAGCUGCAGUUACUCAGUACUUUGUAGAAAGAUAAAACUCGGGUACACAAUCCUGGAGCCAUAGAAACUUCAGUGAGCAGGAAGUGAGACCUGCUGCUUCGCCAAGCAGCUUGAGGCCUCCGGGUUUGGUAUUUGACGUGCCUUUGGUCAACUCAAGUCCUCCAGGGGCACGCACGAACACACACACGCACACACACACACGGCUUAUAUAAACACCAGAUAGACGCACAACAGACAGACAGACUGUAAGAUAAAAAUCCAGUUAACUAAUGAGGACUUUGCUCUCAGGGUCUUGAGCUGCCAUAAAGGUUCAGAGCCUCACACACACACACACACACACACACACACACGUGUGCGCGCACACACACGCACACACACACACUCAGCCUCAAAUUAGUUUUAUCACCUUAUGUAGAGAUUUUCACACUUCACUCCUAAAGGGCUGGACACGUUCAUACUUCUUCAUGCUCCUGGUCACAUGUUAGAGUGUGGAGUCGGCGACGUUUCCAGGUUUUAAUGCAGAGAAGAACAAAAAAAAAAUCAGUUGUAAAAUUUGGGAAAAAGAACUCUGGAAUCUCACUGCUGCACACAUGGAGUGUGUGUUUUGUUUUUGUUUUAAUGUGUUAAGUUUUUAACCUCUAGUGAAGGAGAAAAGACAUGAAAGGGGGAAGCUGAAGAACUGAGGGACUAGAUGGUUACCAGGUCUGCAGCGUAGGAGCCGCCGCUUGUACAUAAACAUGUGUGCACUUGUUCUGUGUGUAAUUUUGUAUGACACGCCCUCCAACCGGCGCCGCUCGUCAUCGUGCACGCGGUCACGUCAGUUGAAGCGCGAACGCGCGAACGCGAGCACUCACACGGGUCCUCCUGCUGUGGAAGCAGCAGCGUGAGGCCACUCGCAGUAUUAAAUGACGCCACACGCUGGUUUUUAAGGGGAAUGAGAGGCUGUGAUUGGACCUGAUCGAUGGGUUUGCCGGGCGUGAACGUGCGCCCGGAUAACGGGACUAAAUCUCACUCUGAAGAACACACGAUACAUUGAGGAUUGCAGGACUCGCGGUACCAUAGUGUUGUAUUUUCUAACGUAACACGUUGUAGUUUUCAGUUAUAUCAGCAAACCUUUGUAAUUCCAAAAGAGAUCUAUUUUAGCUUGCCGUGUAAAGACAAUCUGACAACAAAUAAUCUUUUUAAUGGGUUUUCAUGUAUUUAGAAGGAAAAAAAAGUGUGGUGUGUGUGAGAGUGAGAGAUUGUGUGUGUUUGUCAGCAGACGGUUUCAUUAUUGCGCUUGUUGGAAAUUCAGCCACUGCAGUAUCAACGUGUUUGUGUCUAAACUGUGCAGAGUGUGUCAUAUCACAUCCACCGUGUUUUGGUGGAAAAACAAAAGAAAAGAUCGCCGACGCAUUGAUCAGCGAUCGGGUUUCCUGCCGGGGCAAACCGGGUCCGGCGGCUGACGUUUGUCGCAGUCAACCCGAAUUAAAUUUCCUUAUUUUCUCUUAAGGGAAGAUAAAUGGAGGUUUUAAACAGUUCAUUUUUUUUUUUGCUGUAAUGUUUUACUCUUGGAGAUACUACUUGUUGAAAAGCGUUUUUGCAAAUGUGAAAGUGAGUCAUUUUAUAGGAAAGUUGACCUUUUUUUUUGAUUUUUCAUUGAAAGAUGCAGACUGAGAUCAUCUGUGGAAAUUGCAGUAAUGCCCAUCCUGAGCUUUAUAACAAAUACUACAAAGGUUAUUUUUCUUUUUGCCAACAAACCCCUGAAAAGACCAACACCAACAGAUAACAGACACUACGCACUUUCUCUGUCGUGAGAAUUAAAUUGACCCUUCAGGCAGUCAUGGAUCCUAAUCCUUAUGUUUAAAUCAUCAUCAGUCAUCUUUCUAAAUUAUGGAAGAUGACUUUUAUGUAGAAAUGAUUCACAGGGAAUCUUUUUUUUUUCCUUAAUUUCUCCAGUAAGUGAAAGCAGAGCUGAAGACGUCGGAGCUUAUCCAUGUUUAACGAUUUCACACCGGGGUUUCAGUUUGUAAUACAACAACAAGGACUGAUUCCAGAUCAGGCAGUUAUAAACACAUCAAUGAGAUCACCUUCGCUGUGGGUGACAUGAACACACACACAGACUGUGGUUUAUUUUGACCCAUACCACCACUUACAUCGUCCUGCUGCUGCUAGCACUCGCUAAUGUGUAUUCAUCCACAGCAGAAAAUAGUCCCCAGCGGAUGUGUCACUUUCUCAGGUUUGUGAAGAAGGAGGGAAGCCAGAGAGAGUUGAGAGAUGAACGAACACAUUGUUGGUUUUGAUCUUUUUGUGGCGUUUGUUGACAAUAAAACAAGUGAGGAAUGUGACCACUUUUAUCUUUCCUAAUCUGAAGAAAACUGGAUGAAUUUUGACUUUUUAAAUUCCCUGAUGAGCAGCAGUUCAGUGCAAGAGUUCCCUCUUCAGAGGCACCUCCACCUCCACCACCACCACCGAGUCAUGUCCUGUUUAGUGAAAAUGUAAAUGAAUGUGUUGGAAAGGACUUUUGCUAAUUAUGCAUACCAAAUGUUUUCAAAUCGGUUACAAAUUAUUACGUUUUUUUUCUUUUAUUUUGACAGUAUUGUUGGUGUCAUUGGGAGAAUUGUUUCCUCCUUGUCAGACUCUCAGUGUCCACCUGCUUGUGGACAUGAAUUUGAAACUAAUGUCUCUUCGGGUUAAUGGACACGUCCAUGUAUGAAGCAGACGCGCCUGCUGUGUCAGCUUGUCCACAAAUCCUGACGUUCAGCAGGCCGACACUUUUCUCUCGCUCAGAAUCGACUAAAACCUUCAGUUAUUUUGCCUUUGAGCCGAGUGUUUGAAAAGGAAAGGCGGACAUUUUGAAGGACUGUGAUGAAACCGUUUCAUUGAAACACUGAAUGUUGGUGUUUUCCAGUGCAGGUGUUUUUUGAAAAUGCUGCUGUAUAACCACAGCACCUUUUGUGUUUUAAAAAAAGAAAAACAGGUGAACAAAUCCUUGUGUUAAGUUUCUGGGG